AUGACCGGAAUAAAACAAUGGGUUGUCAAAGAGCCAUGGCUCGACCUCCAUUGCGAGUUAGGCGAAGGGCCGUAUUACGAAGUCGCAACAAAUACGCUGCGUUUCGUGGACAUUAAAAAGAAAGAACUGCAUACAAUCAAUGUUGCCCAAGAACCGAUGAGCUUAAAGACGCUGCAGCUGGAUAUGCCCAUUGGAGUCACGGCCAACAUCGAGGGCGACAAUCCGCAAGAGAAGAUCCUGAUUGCUGGGAAGAGUGGGAUUUACAUUUUGGAGCGGAAGACAGGCGAGGUUGAACUAUUGAAGAAGUUCUAUGAUAACGAGGAGAAAGACGAGAGGCUGAGGAGCAACGAUGGCGCGGUGGACCCGCAAGGCAGGUUCUGGGUCGGCACUAUGAAUGACUUCUGGCUUGGAGACGUCUAUGCAGAAGGCUCAUUAUUCCGCUUCAACUCCGACCUCUCCCGAACAACUCUAAAAACGGACCUCACAAUCCCCAACAGUGUCGGCUGGUCCCUCGACCACAAGACCCUCUACUUCGUCCACACAACCGCCAAGCACAUCCUCGCCUACACCUACUCGCCCACCACCGGCUCCAUCUCUGACGAACGCAUCUUUUACCAACACCCUGGUCCUGGCUUCCCCGACGGAUUCCGGAUCGAUAAGGAAGGCUUUAUCUGGCAGGCGAUUUAUGGGGAGGGGAAGGUGUUGAGGAUUAGUACGGAAGGGAAGGAGGGGAAGGUUGUUGGGGAGGUGAGCUUCCCAACGAGAAAUAUCACUUGUCCCGUUUUUGUGGGAACAGAGAUUUGGGUUACUACUGCGGCGGAGGAGGAUGAGAGGGAGGUUGAGAGUCUGAGGUACGGGGGUGGGAUUUUUAAGUGCGAUGUUGGUGUUGGAGGGAGGAAAGAGUUUGAGUUUAGACUUGAGAGGGAUGUUUAGAGGGGAGGCGAUUUUGGGGUGGUGAUUUGGUGGGAAAGUUUAUAGAGCUUAGAACAGACGGCUAGAUUUCUUGGUAUAGGAGAAGUGGUUGUCGACAUCUUCUGAUAUACCCGUUCUCACUCCUACUAACUCGAUGACCAGGUAAAUCAGGCUGGAUUCUGCAGGCCCACCCAACCAUUGAGCAACAAGCAGGUGCUUGUGCUAGUCCAAAGGGAACUGGAUGUAUCGCUGGGAAAAUUGAGAGUUCUAUAUGGAGGGCGUUAGAUGUUUGCAUUGUGGAGGUUAGAUGUACUUUUUAUUUUUGGCGUACUGGUUAGAUCGCAAGAAUUGCUGGUUAUGAAAAUGUCCUCGAGUGAUGAAUUCCCAGUUGGCGAGUUGGCCAACGUCCCUAUGACCUUUGUCAGAUUG